AUGCGGUUCGGAGUUAAUUUCGCCUCUGCUGCUGCCGGCAUCCUCGACAUAACCGGAAAAAAUUUCGUCACGCUUAUCCCGUUUAACGACCAAAUCAAUAACUUUGAGAACACUCUCGACCAAAUCCUUGACGGGCUCGGUUCUAGCUCACCGGACGUGUCGGAGGCCUUGGCCCGAUCCAUUUUCUUGGUGGCCAUGGGCAGCAAUGACUAUCUCAACAACUACCUUAUGCCUAAUUAUGUGACCCGAAAUCAGUACAACCCGAAACAGUUUGCGGAUCUAUUGAUCGAGGAAUACGGCUGCCAGCUCACCAGGCUGUACAGGCUCGGAGCAAGAAAGUUCGUGAUAGCCGGUGUUGGCCCGUUGGGCUGUAUCCCGAGCAUUUUGGCCCAAGGUGGUGGGGACGGUAAUAUGUGCGUGGAGGAGGUGAAUCAGCUCGUCGUCCCGUUUAAUGAAAACACAAAGGCCAUGAUCAACAAUCUCACUAAUAGUCUCCCGGACGCCUUGUUUACGUUCAUCGACAUUCGUAAAAUGGUGGACAAUAUCCUUUCCAAUGCUAGAUCAUAUGGAUUUAGUGUGGUGAACAGAGGGUGCUGUGGGACAGGGAGGAACAGAGGGCAGAUAACUUGUCUCCCGUUCCAAACGCCGUGCCCGGACAGGAAAAAGUACGUUUUUUGGGACGCCUAUCACACGACAGAGGCCAUGAACAUCGUGCUUGCUCAGAAAGCUUUUAAUGGGAGCACUGAUUUCGUUUAUCCCGUGACCAUCGAGCAACUCGCAAACCUUUGA